CCAUCCAGCGUCAUUUCAUUACAAAACUCAUAUUGUGACCGUUGUUUGUGAUUGCUACUCAACGUUUUUAUGGUCGUAGCUUAUGUGUAGUUUCUGAAACAUUCACUGUUUCUGGAGUUUAGUUCCGACCUACCUGUACUUUCCAAGUGAUCUAAAACCUUCUUGAAAACGUUCCUACUAACCUUACUAUAAAUGAAAAAGGCGUGCUGCUGAUAAAUAACAAAGAAAAACAAAUGUUGACCAAUCAGAAAUGUGGCUCUCUUCCAAUCCCAUGAGUUUUGGGCGGGGCUACUUUGUCGGAACAACAAAAGAGAGGGAAGUGUUUGGGAAACCUGCUUGGAAACAGUCGUUCUGCUGUCGUUUGUGGAGCUCAUGCCGUCCAGCUAUUCACGGCUACAGAGAGACAGAGCGCCUGCAGUGGGGAGUUACGUCUGAAAGUAUCUUAAGGCGGGUGAGAGCAGUUGCAUUUCCUGAAGGCAGUCCACUGCUUGGGCCAAUUCAUGUUCUGGACCUGGACAAAGAGGGCUAUAUCAAACCCCAUAUUGACAGUGUGAAGUUCUGUGGAAGCACUAUUGCAGGACUGAGCCUGUUGUCCGAUAGUGUUAUGCGAUUGGUCCCAGAAAACAAAUCCACAGAUUGGGUGGACAUGCUUCUGAGUCGGCGCUCACUUUAUAUAUUAAGGGAUGAUGCUCGGUUUAAAUUCACCCAUGAAAUCCUGAAAGAUGAAGAAUCCUUUUUCUCAGGACAGAAGGUUGCUCGUCAUCGCCGCAUCUCCGUUAUCUGUCGAAACCUGCCUGUUUAAAAGAACUGGACUGCCCUUAACACUUAUCUUGGAAAUCCUGUGGCUUUUUCAUAUUAUUACCUUUGUCUAGAAUUGUAUCUUUCAGAUACUCACACACACAGGUAGCUAGAAAUUUAUAAAUCAGAUGCAUUUUACUGGAAUAACCACAACUGUUGAAAAACAUCUUUCAGCUCACUGAAAUGUUGUCCAGAUACUUGUAUUGUAUAUAUAUAUGAAGGGAAAAGUUUUGAUUGAUGUAAUGUAUAAAUGUAAAAUAAGUCAGGGGAAAGGAUGAAAUCAGUGAAUGGAACUGCUAUUUACAGUGUCUAUUAAUA